ACGAAGCGCCGCGCUGUCCCGCCCGCAGAACCCCUUGGGGCGCUGGCACCCACACGGCGGCAGAGCGCAGAGCUGUGGGACGGCCGGGAGAGGCGGGAUCGGCCGCCGCGCUUCUCCCGUUGGCUGCGGGGCUGGGCAGGCCCCGUCCGUGCGAGGCGCGGGCGCGGCGGCGGCUCCGAGGCGGGAGGAUGCGGGCGGCGCCCGGGGCGCAGCCGGAUCGGCCCUUCAAGCUCCGGAAGAGUCUCGCCACCCGGCGGGAAGAAGUAGCAGGGAUCCGAGCCAAGUUCCCGACAAAAAUCCCGGUAAUUGUUGAGAGAUACCAUAAAGAGAAAUACCUUCCUGUCUUGGACAAAACCAAGUUUCUGGUUCCUGAGGAGCUGACCAUGGCGCAGUUCAUAACCAUCAUCAGAAGCAGGAUGGCUCUGACAGCUACACAAGCUUUCUACCUGCUGGUGAACAACAAAAGCCUAGCCAGCAUGUCCUUGACAAUGGCAGAAGUGUACAGGGACUACAAAGAUGAAGAUGGCUUUGUGUACAUGACCUAUGCUUCCCAGGAGAUGUUUGGAUGCUUGUUACCCACUGCCCAAGGGAAAACUGUGGAAUGCUUUCAGAAAAUCUAAGCUUGGGUUCAUAUGGUGCAGCAAAGCAGUUGGCUCUGAAUCAUGCUUGUGAUACGAACCUUGGAGAUGCUCCUUCCAGUGUGAGCUCUUGAGCUCUGUAGUGGGAGUUAUGACACAAAAGCUGGCAGGACCAGCUUAAGGCAGAAAUGGUGGUACACUUUCCCUAGGUAAUAAUUUGGAUAUAUAUUUUUAUAUUUGAAGACACUAUGGGUUAGGUUUUUUUGUCUUUUGAACUGCACCCCCACUGCUUUGCAAUAUUGGUGUUUAUUGUGAAACUGAUUUUUAAGGUUUCCUGAAAGCUCUAAGUCUCAGAGAAAAAUAAAGAACCUUUUAAGUA